AUGGAUUAUGAAGACAAUUCGAUCAAUCUUUAUAAUUACAUAGUGAAUCGCAAACCAGAGCAUCCACAAUCCAUUAAUGUCACUGCACGUCCUUUGAACAAGAGAACCAGAACCUUUUCAUUUGAACUCCAAAAGCCUUCACCAUUUGAUGUCCAAAAGAAACAAUUACGUUUCGGAAGUCGACAAGGAACGAGACUGUGCAUCAAAAAAGAACAACAAAUCAGAAGAAGAAGUUGUAACUGUACCAAUUGUGGACAUGAUAACACUAAAAUAGUUCAUCUCAUGUACAAAGGUGCCAUUAGUCAUCAAUAACUGGAAUAUGCAAAUCAAUAAAACAAAAAAAAACAGUUUAUUGAUGAUGCCGUCCUCUUCUCAAAGAGACUCUCUAGAAGGUUGAAUCUAUUCAAAAUUAAGUUCUCCUCCACUAACACCAACUUCAGAAAACGCUGUAAUUCCUGUGACACUCACAUCCCUUACGAAUAACUCAUGCAAGCCAAAUAGAUCCAUCAACAACUUCUUCAGAGAAAAGAUACCCACACUAAAACCCAAUUAAGACAUAACUUCCUCGUUAAGAGACAACAAACAAUCAACGAUAAACUGCUUCUCAUACCCAUCAAAACUCUCAAAACUGUCCAGGACACACAAGUACAAAUCAAAUCAAUACCCACUCAACCCACCAACACUCCCUCUAAAGCACCUAAGAAAAAACUCAACAACAAAAUCUUCAUUCCAGUCACUCGCUCAAUACUCCCUCAGCUCACUCCAACAUCCAAAUUUACUCUUUCUACUAAUAAAUCUAUCGACUUCCAAUUAAAAUAUUAAUUAACCCAAUCUAUCAAACAAUUGCAACGAUCCACUCUAGUAUCCAAAAAGAAUUCGCUCUCCAAUAUUACUAAUCCGUAUCGUAACAUCUCCUCCUUAGAUUAUCUAUUAAAGGUAAGAAGAAGACAGGUUAAUAAUUAUUGA